CAUACUUCACACACAUCCCAAUCAUCGCAACCCAAACCUACAGUCAGUAUUCCUCCGCAAACACAUUCAGUCGAUUCGACCAACACUUCGGUCCCAAACACUAUGAUUCUUCCAGAAGUGGACAAACAGUCACUAAUUGAACGCAUUAUAAAACUUCAGAAAUCAUUAGAAAAGAAAAGCGAAAAAAUAGAUUUUUUUGAAGAACAUAAUCAACAACUCAUCGAAGAGAUGAAGAAAAAGUCAAAACUCAUUCAAUACUAUAUAAUGAGAGAGGAAUCGGGAGCCCUAUCCACCACUUCCAUGGAUGAACAUAAACGUCAAGUGGCCAAAAGAGGGACUGGUAUUAUGUCCUCGUUGUAUAACAGCGCUCCUAAUGAUACAACUAUGACAUUAGAGUUGUCGCUGGAAAUCAAUAAGAAAUUGCAGGCAGUCUUAGAGGACACUCUCUUAAAGAAUAUCACUUUAAAGGAAAAUCUCAAUACUUUGGGCGCAGAAAUCGAAAGGAUUAGUAAAGACAAGAAGUAAAUUGUUUUCAUAAAAACG